GGCCCCGGAGCGGGCGGGGGGGCCCCACGGGACACCCCCCUCCCCGCCGCUCGGAGCGGGGGGAGCGGCUCCCCGGCCGCGGCUCCGCGGGGUGGGCUCUGCCCCGGGGCCCCCGCCCCUCCCCGCGCCGCGGGCGGAGCGCUCGCCCGGAGGGGCCGCGCCGAGCCGGGCCAUGGACCAGCACCUGCGGCGGCUGAGGCAGGAGCUGGAAACCCUUUGUCAUAAAUCAACACUGUUUUCUCCCUCCUCCCGCUCCCACUCGGAUGGUAACCUCACUCGCGGAGCUUGCUUGGGCUUGUCCACAAGCCAGAAGCUCUCCAUGAAGGAGGUCGGGGACGGGCUGCACGAGCAGAUGAACUGUAUGAUGGGUGCGCUGCAGGAGCUGAAACUCCUCCAGGUCCAGACAGCUUUGGAGCAGCUGGACAUCUCCGGGAGCCGAGGCGCCGUCCCUGGCCCCGAGCAGCACCGGUGCUACCGAAGCGGCGGAGACGGGCCGGGGGCCCGGCGGCUGCGGGGGGAAGCGUUGGUGCCGGAGCGCAGCGCCGCGUCCCUCGCCUGUGCCGGGCCACGGCCCCUGGGCCUGCCCCGUCCCGCUGCGCGCCCGGAGGGCGGCCGCCUUCGGGACCCCCCCUCCUCCCUCAGGGGCCGCCGCGGCGAGGAUGUUUAUCACCCAAAAGGACCUUCCUCCGCCUCGGGCAGAGCAGAGCACGCCCGCCCAAGGACGCCUGAGCCCAGCAGCCAGAGCAGAGCCGGGGGGUGGCCGGCGUGCCGGGAGUGCCCGGGCUGUGACGACGGCCACGACUGGACGUCCUCCCUAAUGUCCCAGAGCAGGAACCGGCAGCCGCUGGUCUUGGGGGACAACAUCUUUGCAGACUUGGUCGGGAACUGGUUGGAUCUGCCAGAGCUGGAUAAGAAAGGGGAGAAGAGCGAGGCGUCCCUGUCCGCGAGCAGGUCCCAGGAGCUCUGCAGGAAGUUCUCCCUCACAGCCAACAUCUUCAAGAAGUUCCUGAGGAGCGUUCGGCCAGACCGAGACAGGCUUCUCAAGGAGAAACCUUGCUGGCUUCCCCCUGAAGACAAACAGCCCGAAAUUUCUAAGAGACCCAAAAAGAUGAACAAACUCAAGGGGACAUUUUACUUCCCACUUCAUGGGAACAUCCAGAACCAUCACAGCAAAGCAGAGAGGUUCCCAAAGGCCAAAAGCAAUAGCGAGAAACCCAAAAUUGGCACCAAGAAAGUCCACGAUACCGUAGACUACACCCAGUCUGGGUUUGACAUCAAUACAGCUGUUUGGGUCUGAGUUUGUCUGUGCUCCCUGCUCUGCCGAGCAUUUGUUUCCCACCCGAGAGGAGCUGGAGGCCGUACAUGUCUUUUCAGGAGACCCCCGAGCGCUCAACGUGGCCGAGUUGGGAGGAGUCCUCUGCAAAACGUGCCCUGGGCGUCCGUGGCCUGCGAGCAGGAUUUUCCGGAGAACUACGAGCAGCAGCUGACACAGCCCCCAUGCGGGGAGGCUUCUGGGGACUGAGAUUGUAAAAAAUAAUCGGAACCUUUAGCAGCUUUAGGGUGAGUGGUGCCACGGACGACCAGCUCCUGGAGCCUGGCUAACAACAGCCACUUCAGGCCCAUUCUGUCAUCUCUAGCUAAAAUAGCUGCAGCACAAAAUUCACUGUGUGCAUGUGUGUGUAUGAGUGUGCAGAUAUAUAUAUAUAGUUUGUUUGGUUUGUUCUUUUUUUUUUUUUUUUUUUUUUUAAUCCUGCUUGUGUGCACUUAAAACUGGGUUACGAACCAGACAAUUCAAGCGUUGUACCUGAAGCACUUGUUAUUUAAAUUGAAAGAAUUAAGUUUGAAUUUAUAAGACUUGAACAACUGCUUCGUGGGGGGUGUGGAACCCCAGCUUUCUUGCGUUUCAGCUGUGGGGUUCUCCCCCCUAAACUGCAUCUCCGUUGCACUCCCAGCAUCUCUUUCCCCUGCCAGUUAAACCAGCAGGAUUCAAGGCUCCUUCCAUGGAAGUUUGUGACCCCCAAGCUCUCAGCAGGUUUUGUUUCUCUCCCAGUGUCCUUCUCCCCAUCGCACCCGGUACAGUGUUGCAGAAGUUUGUUGUUGAGGUUGCACCAAGAUACAAAGUCGCAACAGACGUUGAUUGUUGUUGUUUCCUACUGCUAUUGUGUACAAACCUUGUCUUGGCAGAACCAAGUUCUUCAGUGUCCGGCUCCCCACAAGUUACCAAUAAAGUGGCAUCGGUCUCCA